CUGGUUCAAAAGAUGAAUCUCUGAUCGGUCCACGCUCUGGAGAAGACCAUGACCAGCGGCCGUGAAAUCAGGCGGAGAACAUGACAGUUAAGAUCUCGCUUGCUUGAAUGUCUGUGUUGCCCCCAGACGACGCUGGCGGAAUCUUCACGGAUACCCGUUGGACGGGCGAAGAAAAAACGUUUUGGCUUCUCUUUUACGCGGUGGAGCCUUUUGUCGCCAUUUUGAACUCUAGAACUAAACUGCUUGAAGGUUGAGCCGUCGGCAAACGAGAAGUUUCGUCUGGCGUGAAUGGAUUGCAAUGCCACGUCUCUUAAUCCGCCGUGGAGAAUCACUUAAGGAAGACAAGACGAAAUGCAAAGUCUGAUCAGGUGUUUCAGACGGGAUGGUUCUUCGGCGAGUCGUUCUUCCUGGCGUGCGCUCUCUUCGAAACGGCUUCGACCAAUCGCAGCAACGCUUCCUACACUUGAACAAGACGCCCACGCGCCCCCAGGCUUCAACCGCAAACGUGAUGAGCGAGCCGGAAGUGUCGUUGGCUUUCGCCCGUUCGUUAACUUCGCCAGCAAGUGAAAGAGGUAAAGGGAGCUUCGAUUUGAUAUAAGAUGGCUCUUAGCACGCCUACGUCCUCGAUGGCUCUGCUGUCCACUCGCUCCCUCUCUAAUCAUGGUGACGGGCGGAGGAGGAAGCAACUUUGGAGAAGACAUCGGCAGAGCUCUGCAUGACACGACGAAGAAUCGAUGCGACCAUCCUGCCAUCACCCGUCCUUCCACCGUUGCCCGUCUGGUCAUUGAUGGAUCCUGUCUGCUGUUCGCCGUCCUGUUGCUUUGGCUGUGGGUCAGGACGAGACGACGAUUACCGAGCGUCAAGUCCUUGCUUCCAUGGUAUACGUACGGGACUCUGCUAGGCUUGACAGCGCUGUACCUGACCUUGGGCCUAGUUCUCACAACGCUCAAAGCCUGCUUCGUCACCACCUCCUCCAGCACUGUCAUCCUCGGCGCGCUCGCCAACGCAGCUUCCGGCAUCGCCGACCUGGUCCUUCUCCAGAUCGUUUUCUAUUCCUUGACCAGACGGCUGCUGCGCCUUGGCGGAUGUCAGACGAGAUUCGUCUCCAUGCUUAAUCUCGUUGGCUUGUCUUUGUCGACGACCGCCUUCCUUCCGACAACCGUGCUUUCCACCGUGGCUAGCAUCUUCAGACUCACCUCAGGACAUGAUCCUACCUCGAAAUCUCUGCUGGCCAACCUGAGCAUCUACUUCUCGGCCGCGUUCUACACAUCCUACUUCGCAGAAAUCCUAGUCGGGUCUGCCACCCUUGUCUUCGCAGCGUCAAGGCCAGACCCGGGCACGAUUGUCCCGUCAAAGAGCUACCCUUUGAUCGGCUGCACGAUCGGUUUUCUUCUCAUCGGAAGUGGUUCAGCCGUCGCACAGAUGUUUGCGUAUUCUCUUCCCUCAAGGAGGCUACCAGACCUGGCUUGGGUCCUCUUUCUCGCGAUAUUCAACGUGUGUUUCAUGCUCGCCACAUUCACUGUUCUGCAGAUCGCCAGAGCUAUUGCCGUACCGGUCGUCGAUCCAAAAGGUAACUCAACUUGUGACUCCGAGGCGUCCGAAGCGAUCCGGGCAGUGGUUCAUAAACGCUGCACUCAUGUCUGUGGCGCAGAUAUUCAAUUGCCCAGGCAUACACACCUGCCAAAGAGACGGGUAUGGCUACCCGCCGUGUCUAAUUCACCUAAUUCUUCCCGGUGGCGUCUUAGCUCACCGCUGGUAAAUUUACGGUCUCCCCUUCUGCCAACCCGAAAUGCACAGUACGCAUUCUGAGCGGGAUCGAGAAACGAUCGCCACGAGUGCACGGAGAGCUCUGAAGUCAGAACACUGCAAACUUCAGCAUGUGUUGAUGACUUCAAUGCAGGCUGUACGAACGACGUUUAAGAGACCUGGGUGAUCUUUUUGCCUGCCUUCACAUCCAUAGAUGGAUACCGCUGACUUCGGGAUCCCACUUGCCUAGUGAGUAGCAUUUGCGCUAGGAAACCGCUUUAGUGUCAUUGGUGAACGAUGGUGAUCAAGAGGGAUGCUUCUCAAGUACAUGUGCAUGAGAACGUUCAAAUAAAUGAAAUGGCGAUUAAAUAAGAACCAAUGCUCAUUAAUUAGAAGAGAAACCCCUGCCACUAUCCUACAACAAGUCUCCUAUCC